AUGAAGUGGAAGGACAAACGCGAUGUACUUAUGUUAUCAACAAAGGAUAAAGAUAAUAUAGAAACAACUACUAAUAAACGUGCUCAACAAUUAUUCAAACCACAAAUGAUAUUGGAUUACAAUAAAGCAAAAGGUUUUGUCGAUAUUUCCGAUUUGAGAGGUUCUUAUCAUUCACCACUUCGGCGGUCUUUAAAAUGGUAUCGAAAAAUAGCAUUUAAAAUUCUGUUAAAUACAAGUUUAUUAAAUGCAUUAACUCUAAAUAAUUCUGUCACUGGUAAUAAAAUAGGUGUAACAAAAUUUAGGGAAAAUAUAGCUCAAGUUUUACUAACGAAAUCUAAGAUACUCAACACAAAUGAAGGUGAAAGCCAUAAGCUUAUUCACUCUAAACGUGGUAGAUGUUCCAAUUGUUACUUUGAAAUGGUUCACUAA